CACAUCUCGCCGCCCCCGACGCCGGAACAUCGAUGACGGCAACCCCGCUGAGCGCCCAAGAAGUCCAAGCGCACAUGGACUCGCUGUCCGAGAGGGAGAUCACCGACGCGACGCAGGUGUCCGAGUUCUCCGGCGCCUCCUUCGACGAGGCGCUGCGCGUGCUGCGGCAGGCGCGCGGCGACGUGCAGGCCGCGAUACACACGCUGCUGCAGGAGCCCGGGGGGCCGCCGGCGGAGGCGGAGGGCGACGAGAUCCGCGAGCUGCGUGCGAUCUGGGCGAAGACGGCUCCGCAGCCCCGCGAGGGCGGGGACGCGGAGGAGGACGAGCUGGCGCGCGCGAUGCGCGAGUCUGAGUCGGCGUUCCGCGCGACGAAUCGGUCCCCGGAUCCGGGCAUGCAGAUGGUGCUGGCGCGUGCGACGACGCCCACGGCGGUGACGGCGGUGAAGCCCUCUGCGGACGACGAGUAUGCGGCUGCUUUGCGGGCGAGCUACGAGGACGCGGCGAUGGCGGACGAGACCGAUGAUGCGAAGAUUGGUGUUCGGGAAGACGGGAGGCCAAUCGCGUUGCGGAGCGACUCUCCUGAUCUCGCCUACGCUGCUUUGGUCAUCCAAGCGCUCUUCCAUAUCCCGCAAGUGCGGCACAAGCUGUCUCUACUCCAACUGCCCCCCAAUGCUACUGAAAACGACAGCAAGAACUAUGCGGUGUGGAAGCUCGUGGAGAUGUUCACGUACCUGGACCUGGCGCAGGUCUCCGCGCUCAUUGACGAAGAACUGCUCGCCAUCUGGCGCGCGGCGCGACUGACGCGGGAUGUGUCUGUCGAGGAGCUCUCUAAAGUGCUUCUGGACAAGAUCGUCAAGGUCGUCCAAGCCGAGCUGGAGGCCCAGAAACUGGAUGAUAGAUCGGCCGCGCGUCUGUUCCACUUCACGUACGGCCACGUACGCGUCCCCAGCACCGGAGAACCCGAAUACAGCGCCAACGAAGGCGACGACGGCCACAUCGUCAGCGUGUCCACCACUCCGCAUCUGGCAGCCAACAAUCUGGUCGGGCGUCUUGCUGACACGCUGAACGACCUCUCCGACGGAGAAUCGACGCACCAGGUGAUCGUGCAGCCGUCGGAAGUCGUCACCUUCCAGAUCAACUUUCCUCCGGCCGCGGCGUCGUCGUCCGGUGGGGCGGAGCCGCAGCCGCUGGUGUACCCGAAGACGAUGUAUCUAGACGAGUUCCUGGCCGUGAAUCUCAAGCUGGCGAACGACACGCGCAAGGCGGAGAAGCAGGUUAGGAGGGAGAUCGAGCAGAUAGAGGCUGAGAGGAGGAGGAUAACGCGGUUCGAGGACGACGAUGCGUUGGAGAAUCUGCGCGGGGCGAUCGACUUCUACGAACAGGUCGCUCGACCAAAAGGGCCCGGCGACGCCGAACGGUAUGCUGGUGUCGCCAAGAAACUUGGUGAAGCGUUGGGCAAAUUGGAAGCGGCUGUCCAAGUCUUUGAUGCGAAGCUCACCGAGCUGAAACACGAACUGGAAGAGAUCGUCCACAAUGACGAUCUGAGAAAACAUCCUUACGACCUGCGUGCUGUGCUGGUCCACGACGGUCUUCCCGGCCGUCGGCAUUCCUACUCCUACGUGCAUUCGCGCGGAACAUGGUGGAAGACGACGGAUGCCGAGGUCACUGAGGUCUCCGAGGACGCUGUGAUCUCGGAUCCGACUGGUCUGCAUCUGGGCGCUGGCCCUUACAUGCUUUUCUACAGCAGGCGCUUGACUGAGGAAGAGGAGAAUGUCGCUCUCAGCUGGCCUGGUCCGAUCGUGACCGACGUGCAGUCGAACAACGAAAGAUUUCUGGAGUCGCAGAUAGCGAAGACACAGAUACGAAUGGAUUCGAUUGAUUAGCGUGCAGAUGUGUAUAGUGGUUUUGUCAUCUGAACGCCCUUGUAAUUUCGUGUACCCAAUGUGGACACUAGCUGGCUACGUCCACGCUUGUAUGUAUGUAUGAGAUCUUCGUCUGUGCUGUAGUCUAUUAUGAAAUAUUGCUCGAGGUCUGCGUUAAGCUUGGGUAAUCGACAUUCAGGGAUACAGUAGUCGAAGACGAUGAUGAACAGGGGCUCACAGUAAAUUUAGCUCGCCAUCACGUGUGCUCCUGUAUCUAAAAUGGGAAGAAAGUGAUUAUGCCGCAAUGCCGAAUUUGCCGAGGACCGGCAUCCCAGAAUGUGGUCUUCUUCCCUCUUUCGCCGUGGUCUAUAAAUGACAUCGCUCCACAAAGCACGGGGCUGCACGAGACGUCUCUCACGUCGUCAUUUUCGCCUUCACUUUCUCCAAGCUGGUUACUAGGCCGCCUCAGCAGCCACUCCGUCGGCCUCCCCCCACCACGAUGCACCGCGCACAAACCCUGCUCCUCUCGCUCUCGCUGCUCUCCUCGCACGCGCUCGCACAGGACCGCACCUCCGAGUCCGGCGAAGCCGCAAUCAGCGAUCCCGUCGUCGAGUGCAGCCCGUACUCCUACGCCCCGGUCACCAACGCCCUCGCGCAGUUCCCCACGGUGUGGAGCCUCGCGACCGCGCUGCUCCCGAGCGACACCGAGGGCCAGACCCUGUUCAAGUCGAUCAACAGCAGCAUUCCGCCGUUCCCGCCGCAGGGCACGAGUCUCGGCGACUUCAGCGCGUUCACGCCGGGGUACAACGUGAGCGACCCGGAUUGCUGGUGGACGUUCCACCAGUGCGUGACGCCCAAGUGGCCCGGGCUCCCGCCAGACAUCGCGAACGUUCCGGAGCCCAAGACGCUCGGGUAUGGAUUCGACGAUGGGCCCAACUGCUCGCACAAUGCGUUUUACGACUACCUGACGCAGCAGAACCAGAAAGCGAGUACGUGCUUUGUCCUCAUGCAGACCCUCCACCACGGGCUGAUGCCGGCUGCAGCGAUGUUCUAUAUCGGCUCGAACGUGAUGAACCACCCGCUAGAGGCGCAGCGCGCAGUCGCCGAUGGGCACCAGAUCUGCGUCCACACGUGGUCGCACCACUACAUGACGUCCUUCACGAACGAAGGUGCAUUCGCAGAGCUGUGGUACGCGCUCAAGGCCAUCAAGCUGGUCACUGGCGUCACACCACUAUGCUGGAGGCCGCCGUUCGGUGACGUGGACGACCGCAUCCGGUUCAUCGCCAAGGCACUCAACCUGACCACGAUUAUCUGGCAACGGGACUCGUUUGACUGGGAGAAUGGGCAGAACGGGAUCACGAACACGACGGUGCAGGGCAACUACGAUUCGCUCAUCUCCGACGUGCAGAACGGGAAGUACGACACCGCGGGCGCGAUCAUGCUCACGCAUGAGCUGAACAACUAUACCAUGCAAAUCGCGGUGGACAACUACCCGGCUCUGUCCAAGGCGUUUUCUCAUAUUGUGCCGAUCGCUGUUGCGAUGAAUGAGAGCAACCCCUACGCGGAGAAGAACAUCACGUUCCAGACCUUCCAGCAAUACAUCUCGAACCAAUCUGCGUCGGCGUCUGCAUCUCCGUCAGGCUCUGCGGGCUCUGGUACGGGCUCAGCUGGGGCUGCACAAGCGACGGGCGGAAAGAGCGAUGCUGUGGUGACUCGGGUUCCUGUCUCUGUGGCGCUGCUCGUUGCCUUGUUCGCUGCCGCAGCUUUGAUCUGAUUCUAACCUCAAAACCGCCCGUCUCAGGGAGAUGCUUGGCUACUCAGAUUUCUCUGCUACAGAGAAAUCGUUGGACUGCAUGUACUUACGCUCUGUACCCGUGCUGUAGCCAUGGACUCGGACCCUACUAUGCAUACCUUGCUUCUGACACUUUGUCUUGACAACAUUCUUUGACUGCAAUUGAUUGGACAAGCCCUUCGCUUGUCCCGCCGACUGCCGCUAUUCUUCGCUUCGCCCAUCAUCCAUCAUCCCUCAGGUCCAAGCUUCAAGCAGUUUUGGCCGCUCUCUAUCCAAAGUGGCGCCUUGUAGGGUCCGCGGGCGGCUCGAUCCACACGCCGCUUACACCAUAGCGUGAUAUGAAGCCAGUAGCAUCCCCGUUAGCUCCACAGCCGAGGAAGGAGGGUGGAUUUAAAAGGCCCUUGGAUAGUACAUCUGAGUCUUCACCAGAACGAUGACCUCCAUGGUGAGCUCGCGCGACACUAUGGUCCCGGAGUCCCCGCCGCAAUCGCCCGGCUCCGCGACGCAGAGCAAGAUCGUGCCCCCUGACCACCCGUUUCGGACUCUCGUUCUCUGCUUCGAUGGGACCGGGGACCAGUUCGACUCGGACAACUCGAACAUCGUGCAGCUCUUCUCGAUGCUGCCCAAGGGCGACCGCGAGCGCCAGAUGGUGUACUACCAGGCGGGCAUCGGGACGUACACGACGCCCGAGAUCGCGACCCCGAUGAUGUCGCGGUUCUCCAAGCUCCUGGACGAGAUGAUCGCGUGGAACCUGCAUUCGCAUGUGAUGGGUGGCUACGAGUUUCUCAUGCAAAACUACAGCGCUGGCGAUCGUAUCUGCAUCUUUGGCUUCUCUCGCGGUGCCUACACUGCGCGCAGUUUGGCCGGGAUGCUCCAUAAAGUUGGCCUUCUCCCGGCGUGCAAUCACCAGCAGAUCCCGUUUGCGUACAAGAUGUACACAACGACCGACGUCAAGGGCUGGAAGCAAUCCAAUGCAUUCAAAAAGGCCUUCUCGAUUGACGUGGACAUCGAAUUUAUCGGCGUUUGGGACACCGUCAGCUCCGUCGGUCUCAUCCCCCGCCGCCUGCCGUUCACGACUUCCAACACCAUCGUCCGCACCUUCCGGCACGCCGUCUCGCUCGACGAGCGCCGGGCGAAGUUCAAGCCGAACUUGUGGAACCGGCCGAACGACCACGAGCGUCUGCUCAGUGUGACCGACCAGCAGAUCGAGCGCCACCGCCACGGCGGCGGCAACCACGCGCACCCGCAUGCGAAUCGCGGCGGGAUGCGCCAGCAGAUGCGGAUCGAGCGGCAUUUCUCGCAGGACAGGCCGGAUGAGACGGACAUCGACGAGGUCUGGUUUGCCGGGUGUCAUUGCGAUGUCGGCGGCGGCUCGGUCGACAACGAGACCACGACGAAUUUGGCGCGGAUUCCGCUGCGCUGGAUGGUCCGGGAAUGCUUCAAGACAAACAGCGGGAUCUUGUUCGACGCGGACGGACUGCGCAGUAUCGGCUUGGAUCCGGAUUGCUUGUACCCCAUCGUGCAGCCCCGCCCAGCGCCGCUCCCUCUGGACGGCGCCAAGAUCCAGUCGAUCCCGCGUUCCGUUGCGCACGCGCAUGAGCCCGAGCAGCCAGCGCGCGACGGAGCACUCGCCGUGAAGUCCGAGGAGGAGCUGGAUCGCGCAGACGCGCUCGCGCCGAUCUACGACCAGCUGUCGCUCAAGUGGUUCUGGUGGCUGCUCGAGCUGCUGCCGCUCCGGCAACACUACCAGCGCGACAACGAAACGGUGUGGGCGACGAGCUUCGGGAUGAAUCUGGGCCAGGGACGGCAUGUGCCGAAACAGGCGAAAAAUGGGGUCAGGGUCCAUCGCAGUGUGAAGAUGCGGAUGGAGGCCGGAGGAGGGAGUUAUACUCCUCAUGCGAAACUGGAUCUCGAUCGGGUUACCUGGGUCGACUGAAGCGUUUUACACCCGGGAGGAAAGAGCUUGCUGAGAACAUUGUACUUGUAACCUAGCUCAUGAUCUCUACAAAUCUCGCAGUACAUUUCCUGUUUCAUGUGAUUAGUCAGUCGUAAAUGGCACCACGCCUAUCAUCACCGAUGGUCAAC